AUGCGCCCCUCUCUCCCCGAGUCCCCGCAGGCUGACGGCAAAAUAAAUAAAGCGCAGGCUUGUUUUAAGCCUUCUGGAACCCCUUCUUUCUUAGAUUCUUCAACUGCAAUAGACGACAUUUAUCUCGUUCGUUGUAGAUUGUUUGCACCAUGGCAGCACCAAAGUAUCCUCUUCCAGCUCAGCUCUACAUCAAUGGCAAGUUCGUCGACAGCCAUUCUGACGAAAGACACUCUCUCUACAGCCCUGUGGACGAGACAUUGAUUUGCGAUCAAGUCCAACAUGCCACUGCAGAGGAUGUCGAUGCAGCCGUCGACGCUGCAAUUACCGCAUUCAAUGGACCAUGGAGGAAGUUUACAGGCGCUCAACGCGGGGAGGCUCUACUGAAGCUCGCAGCACUCAUGUUGGAGCACAAGGAGGAGCUCGCGUGGCUGGAUGCUGCUCCCAUUGGGAAGACCACCUCGUUUGCUCUCAGGGAGGUCGAACUCGCAGCUGAAAACCUGAGAUACUACGCUGGCUGGGCCGACAAGUAUGCGGGAGAAUCGUACCCUGCUGACGAUGGGUUCGUCAAGAUCGUGCGCCAUGAGCCUCUCGGUGUAACGGUGGCGAUCAACCCCUGGAACGGGCCGAUUGUGAUUAUGUCGAUGAAGCUUGGUCCUGCACUCGCGACGGGCAAUGUCAUGAUUCUCAAACCAAGCGAGAAGACCCCAUUUGCAGCCACCCGACUCGCGGCCCUUGCAACCGAGGCUGGUAUCGUGCCGCCAGGCGUCAUUCAAUGUUUGCCAGGUGCGGGAGCUACAGGGGCCCUGCUCGCGAACCAUAUGAAAGUACGAAAGAUCAGCUUUACGGGAUCGGUUGCCACAGGGAAGCGUGUCCAACAGGCUGCUGCAAGUAGUAACCUGAAGAGGGUCACACUGGAACUGGGCGGAAAGUCCCCAUCAGCAAUAUUCGAAGACUGCAAUUUUGACAAUGCAGUUCAUUGGUCUGUAUUAGCGAUCACUUUCAACGCUGGACAGGCAUGCUAUGCAGCCAGCCGAUUAUAUGUUCAAGAAACCAUUGCGGAAAGGUUCACGGCUGUAUUCGCUGAGAAAAUGAAAGAGAAAAUCCAACAAAUCGGUGAUCCAACCAAGGCUGAAACCCAGAUUGGUCCACUAGCCGACAAGGGGCAGCUUGCUAGAGUGGCUUCCUUCUUUGCCAAUGACAACCCAACACAAGUACUGGUUGGGGGCAAACAACACGGGGAGAAGGGGUGCUUCUGGGAGCCUACAGUACUUUACAAUCCUCCGGAUGACGCGCAAGUGUAUCGCGAAGAGAUUUUUGGACCAGUCGUUUGUGUCCGGACAUUCAAAGACGAAGAGGAAUUCCUCCGGAUGGCGAACGAUAGCGAGUUUGGUCUCAUGGCAGGAGUCUUCACCCAGGAUAUUAACCGCGCCAUGCGACUAUCGGCCGGUCUCGAUAGCGGCGUGGUAGGCAUCAACUGCGUGAGCUACAUCAACAUCCAAGCGCCGUUCGGUGGCACCAAACAGUCUGGGAUAGGUCGCGAGCACAGUCACUAUGCUCUGAGGAGCUACACCGAGCCGAAAACCGUGCUGAUCAACAUGAACUACUAGUUGCGGCUGUGAUUUCCGAAUGAGAUGGAUGAGAUGAUGAUAAUACCCACAACUUUAGUGUAGGCACAUAGUAUGAAUGGAAAUUAGGUAUGAACCGCGGCUGGAUCAGACUAUCGAAUGUGCGAUGUAACUGUAGCGAUUGUGAGAGGCGGAUUAUCGAGAUGGGGAUACAUCGCUUUCUCCCAUCUAGUGCAGCCAAUGAGUCGCCCUUGCACUGACUUAUGCCCGUGGAAUUCGGAAGCGGUCAUAGUGACCUCGAAGCAUUUCAUGGGUUGCCACAAGGUUAGGGUUUGAU